AUGUCAAAGCCCCUGUCACCCAUUCCCGUGCCACUGCACCCUGGUAUUGUUAAACCCCUGCUACUCUACGAUCCCCUGGCCGUGGCACCAUCGUCAUCACAACCACUUCGGCGUCCACCUCAUCACCAUACAACACCACCUAGACAUACCACCCCACAACACACCACCCAAACAUACCACACUACCUACCAACACAAUACACAUCCCCACCCUCUACACCACCCCACCCCAUCGCACCCGACCAAACCACCACACCCCUCCACCACCACCACCACCCACCACGUCAGCAACAACCCCCACAAUUAA